UUACAUCUUAUUUCCGAAAAGGAAACGAAUGGUUAGAAGAAAACGAGGUUACUUGUCUCCUUCAUGCGCAUUAUUUCGCCGCAGUAGACGCUUAUUUUACCCAAUACCGCAAUAAUAGUUGUACACGGGAGCUGGACGGGGGAAAAACAUCUGCCCUCCAUGAUAAAUCAUUAAUUUAACUGUCUUGAUUCGAUUUUCCGACGAAUUUCUGCAAAAGACGGUCAUCAAUUAUUUAUACAAAACGGUUUGGAGAUAUAAGUGUUUAAUCUAAGACGAGGAUGUACCAAUUACGGCUCUAAUGAUCGGGGGACUUUGAUUGGUCCUGACGUGCCAAGCAGGUGACGUGAACAUGACGGCACGCGCGUUGUUACGGUAGCCUGGAGUACGAUAUACCACGUGACCGAAGCAGACGAUAGCUGAAGUCUGAAAUACCGUGACUAAAAGUAACUCAGAAUUCCUCACACCCGACACAUUACUUCAGGCGAAGUAAGGGGAACACAAGAAAGUCGUGUCCAAGGGCACAGAGAACUUUUUCCACGACAUUUUUAUUGACUUCGUUAUAGAAGAAAAUGCCACAUACGGGUCAAACUGGGGUCAACCAGCUGGGAGGAGUUUUUGUGAACGGUCGCCCCCUCCCAGAACACGUUAGACGUCGCAUAGUGGAGCUCGCUCAUAUGGGGGUAAGGCCGUGCGACAUUUCCCGCCAACUUCUCGUGUCACAUGGUUGUGUCAGCAAAAUUUUGACGAGAUACUACGAGACUGGCUCUAUUAAACCCGGAUCUAUUGGUGGAAGUAAGCCCAAGCAAGUUGCAACACCGUACAUCAUUAAACGAAUACUGGACAUAAAGCGUCAACAUCCGGGCAGCUUUGCUUGGGAAAUAAGAGACCAGCUUCUGACGCUUGGAAUUUGCGACGAACAGAAUAUUCCAAGCGUCAGCUCCAUUAACAGGAUCCUGAGGAAUUCUGGGACAUUUGCAUUAGGAUAUAAUGCGGAAGACCUUUUGGGUUACCAGUCUAUGUUCGGUCGCUACCAAGGAGUUCCAAGCAUAGCGCCACCGCCUUGCCCAGAAGCAAACGGGUUUUCAUUGGCUGUUCCAGGUUUAUCUUAUCCGAAACUCGUGGAACAAAUCAACGAUGAUCGGAAAGACAGCGAGCAAAGCGAUGACUGUGACAGGGACACAGAAGGGGAAGGUUCUUCCAAACACAAUGAAAGGCAAAAAUCAAACAAAGAUGACGAUGAUGAAUUCAAGAUAGAGGAACGAUUCCCAAGUCUCGCGGGAAAAAUCAGGUCCGUGAAUUCCGCGAACAUCAGAAACAGAACAAGUCCACAGCAUUGUGCAAACGACAUCUAUGAUAAUGCAACUACUGAAAAUGUCGAUGGGAAUAAAAACCCUGUAGAAAAAACUGACGACAGCCCGAAUGAAACUUUUCUGAAACACAGAAGUCGCCACGACACUUAUUUCUCAACUUGUUUAACGAACAUUAGCUCCAAAGCUGCACGUGAACACUCGCCCAGUGCUUUAUAUUCCUCGUUUUACCAUCCUUACGCGAGAUUUGGCGCGACAUCACGUGGUCAUGACGUCACACCUUACGUCAUCCCUCGAUUGUGUAUGUUACCGGAUGGACUAUCGGCGUUCUCAAACUCUUUGUUAACCCACACAGAUUCAAAGGCAUCGACCUACAGCCGAUCUUUUGAUUCUCAUCUGUUACAGAGUUCCCUACACAUGAAGUAGAGCUUUCCUGUAUAAUUAUACAUGUACAUUGUGUUUGUGAUGAUGUGUAUAGAGCUAGGUACAUGUACUUUAUGUAGUACAUGUAAAGCCCAGAUCGAAAUGUCUGAUAAUAGUUGUUAGAAAUAAAUUCAAG